CCCAACGUACCAAUUCACUCACUCCAGGCUAUUUCUCUGAAUGCGAAUUGCCGUGCUCGUGUUUUUGUAAGGAUAAUCGACUCCAGAAAUAUUGGAACGAGUUUCCCGUCACCACCGUGACGUCCCUAAUAAAAAUUGUGCGACAUCGACCAAUCGUGAUAUCGGCUCAGGCCGGCCUAUCAGCACUUGUAGUUGUUCGAUUUCAUCACCAGUAGCCUAGUCUUAGCCGGUUGGCAGACGAAAUCGUACAACAUCCUCGGAGGACAGGGGUAACUAGAGAACUGGUCCCACCCCUAAUUUCGCCUGGUGACUCCCUUUUUAUAUCGUUGCUACAGACAGAAGGUUAACUUCGCUGACAAACGAUAGAGGAGCAGCUUCAACUUGUUGUCCACUUGAGCAUCACAAACUGUAUUUUCUACCCACAGGCGCUAUGUCUUCGUCAUCAGAAGCGGUCGAAGAAUGUAUUGUUGUGACGGGUGAAUUUUGUGGUGGUGAAGAAGAGGUGAUUUGCGUGGAGAAUGCCAACGGAGAGCGAGUCAUCACCGCCGAUAGUGGCUCUUACUACUUUACAGCGGAAGGGAACAUCAUUGAAGCAAGUGAGGUGUAUACCGAUGAACCUCAGGAAGUUGAGAUUACCAUCGACAAUGAAGGAAACCCGCAAGAAGAGGGGGUUAUCCAGCUGCAGGAGUUCGCCGAGGAUGUUCCCCAAGAGAUGAUUCUUCAGACUCAGGAAGAGGUCAUUGGCGGUGUAGCAGAAGGUGAUGGUGAAACUGGAGAAGAGUAUGUCACAGCCGAAAUUGCUAUACCCAUCGACGAGGCGAAUUUGAUCACUUCGAUUGAGCAUCCGUCAGUGGUAACAUCGGUUGCAGGAGGAGCUUCUGCUGUUCACACGUCAAGCGCUAGCGGCGGCACCGUCGUGAGACGCACACGGAAAACGGCUGGUACGCGAAAAGUGGCCUUGACCACAGUCCCUGUUAGCGGAAUGCCCCCUGGUAAAGCACGCAAAUGGGAGCAAAAACAGGUGCAGAUAAAAACGCUUGACGGCGAAUUCCAGGUGACAAUGUGGGCGUCAGGUGGAACCAAUGAGAACGAUGAUAUCUCAGUGAUCGAAGAGUCGUGUGUAGAGGUUGACCCAGAUUUUAGCGAGUACAUGCAGAGCUCACAUGGUUCAACAGCAGCCACCCCAGGUACCAUUUUGACUGCUAAUGUGCCAAUUCAGGCGUCUUCGUCAGGGUUGGGUUUAACAUUGGCAACAGGAGUUGACCUCUCUGACCCUAAGCAGCUGGCCGAGUUGGCUAAGAGUAAAAUUCAGCGUGUCAAACCACAGGCAGACGCAGCAGCUCGUACAAUUGCUUGCCCUCACAAGGGCUGCAGCAAGAUGUUCCGGGAUAAUGGCGCCAUGCGCAAACAUCUCCAUACGCAUGGACCAAGGGUGCAUGUCUGUGCAGAGUGUGGUAAGGCGUUUGUCGAAAGUUCGAAACUGAAGAGACACCAGCUUGUCCACACUGGAGAAAAGCCAUUCCAAUGCACAUUCGAUGGCUGUGGAAAACGAUUUUCGCUCGAUUUCAAUCUUCGAACACACGUCCGGAUUCACACGGGGGAUAGGCCAUACGUUUGUCCAUUUGAUAACUGUAACAAGAAAUUCGCCCAAUCGACUAAUCUUAAAUCACACAUCCUAACUCAUGCCAAAGCCAAGGGCAGGAACGCUAUACCCGCGCUAACACUUGGAACGCUCGGCGGUUCCUCUGUAGUCACUUACACGACAAAUGACGAGCAGAAAUUUGUCUUCGAUGAUUCGUGAAUAUAGUUACUAGAACAUGAGAAGUCCACAUCAAUCGCCUUCAACGUUAUGGCAUCUCCACCUUGAAUAUCCGAUUAUAGUCGAUACUCAUAUCGAUGUCUUUUUAUAGAUCAAGAAAAACUGGUUUUGCGAACUCCACGAUUGAUCAAGCCGCACAUCAGAAGAACGCUAUACGACGCUGCCUGACGCUCGUCACAAAAUGCCAUACGCAGUUGAAAAUAUUCACUGCGAACCACGAGAAAAAGAUUUGUGAAAGCCGUAUCGGGCUGUAUCUAGUAGAAACUGUAACUAAAGAAAUGCUUAAACCACCCAGGUAAAAGUUGGUAGCCCUGUCUGACACAGAUAGCACGGAAGGUCAUGAUUUAUCGCUCUGUACAUAACGUUCAAAGAGAGGAUGGGCGGGGUUCCAGGCGCUGGGCUACAGCUAAUGUCUAGAUAUGCAUAUAGUAUAAAUUAUAUGGAUAAAUACAUUUAUAAUUCAGCAGAAUUAAUAAGCCGAGGUUGGUAUACUAGGGUCCUCUUAAAAAGGGGAUACUCACACAGGGUAUCCUGCUUCCGACAAUAAAUGAGUCUGACCUAUGAUAAAACGAAAACUUAAGGAUAUCGCCUUAAUCUCUUCCCAUUUUUUCGCUUGUUUAGAGAAGCGAUCAGAACGAUAAAUGGUUAACGAAAACGAUCAUAAGUGAGAACGAUAACAAAUGAGAUAAGAAAAGCUAUAAUACGAUGUACAUAUCACACUGUAAAUAGGAUGAAUUUACGUAGAUAGAAGCAUUUAGCGUUGGGGCACACACCUUAGUGUGGGUAAUUUAAAAACUGCUACAGACUUUAUUAUUAUUUGUUAUUAUUACUAGUGAUCAGUAAUUGCGACGAUGUAAAUGAUUAACAACGCUUACAAUACUAAACUGGUACAAACAUGAUAAGAUGAUGAUAACGGUAACGCUAACAAUAAACCUACCUAGUAAAAAAAAGGGUCAUAUUCGCGAAAAAGGAACAGCGUUGCCAGGAACGAUUGACUGGGAUAAUUCUGUUCCCAUGCUAUGGAACAGAGAAUAAAAAUAAGUGUAGCCGUUGAGUCAAGUCAAAUGUGAGGAUCUCGAAAUCGUUGAGUCAGAAGAAAAAAUUGACGAUACGAGAAUUUCGGUUGUUGUGUUGCUACGUCUUUGAAUUUUGAAUUUUGUGAGACUACUAUAAUUAUUGAAUAAGCGAGAGAUAUGGGGGAUUUUGGUUUAUCGAAUUACUUUGAAUCGGAUGGAUUUAUAGAUUCCAAGCUUCUAACUUUCAAUCAUUUGAAAUUACGAUGUUAUGCUUUCAACUGUAAAAGUUUGAAAUUAAAUCGCAACGUCAACUAAAUUUGUUGCCAUCUUUAUCCUAUAAUUUUUACGGAGGCUUUCAUUUGUAAGAUAAAAGUACCCUAGCUAACGUCGAUGAGCAGCUGAAAUUUACUUUUUGUGAGUCGUUACUGAUGCGUGAUAUAAUUUAAAAAAAAAAAGGAAUCCACUGGCUAUCUACACGUUUUGUCUUACUUUUAAUCGCAUAAAUUUAGUUUGUUUUAAAAGCUUUAUGAGUAAUUUUUACCAACAAAAAGUAUUGCAUCUAAGGUAUCCGUAUUGCAUGUAUUUGAAUCACUAAUUAUCUAGAUAAGAAACAGACUCCAGAUCUCUGCACUUCGUUUAUUUUCCGAAAACCACAAGACCAAGUUCUAGUUUGAAAUAAACAACGAUUUUAUCAUUAAAGAAAAUCUUUGAUGCAAGGAUAACGUAAGGGGAUUACAGGAGCUACGAAAGCGUCGGAUAAAACUACUUUAAAUAAAAUAAAGUAGACUUGAACGGCAAAGCCCAACAAUUUCGGAUUUUAUGUUGAAUGAACAACAGUUUUUGAUUGACUGUCGACAUUAGGCUUCAAUCGAAAUACAUCCCUCAAAGUAAUAUCAAGUUGGUGUGUUUUUGUUUAUGUAGUUAGUAUAGGUUAUAGAAAAAAAAAUAAUUAAUAGGUUUAUUGGCAAAACAGUAAUUCAGUGUUUUUCUGUUGACACAUAGGUGCAUGAUGGGUAAGUCGCCUGGUAAAACUUAAUCUUUAUCAAAAAGCAAAUCUUUUAUGUUUCCGCUUGAAAAUUUUUGUUUUAGUUUGAGCGAGUCGGGGUCUGUCUAGAGUUUUCUUUUGCAAAUGUAUAGGGCCUUUGGACGAGUCAUUUAUAUUGAUUUUUGCCGAUAUUUUUAGACCACAAGAAACUGUUAAAGCAAACACAUAGUAUAUCCGCGGUUUUCUUGAAGAAUUAAAACGG